CUUUUCUGAACACCUUAAGGAUUUAAGUCUCGACAUCGUCAAAAUGCCCGACAAUGCGAACGAACGCGCCGCUCUUGUCAACCGUCAACUCCCGGAAAUGCAGCUCUCCACCUUAACCAACCCCUUGACAGCUCCCAAGCCUCCGCCAGACAAUCUCUCUUUAGCUCAGAGAGCACAGUACAGAUUCCAGAUCAAGGGCAACGCCAUCAUAACCGGCGGCGCCGGAACUCUUGCACUCGAAGCAGCCCGCGCCCUCCUCGAACACGGCGCCUCGGGCCUCGCACUCUGGGAUCUGAAUCCCGAGCAAGCGUUCGAAUCCGUCAAGACCCUACACGCGUCCUUCCCAGACCGACGUAUCAUCACCGAAGCCGUUGACGUCCGGGACGAAGCGCAAAUAACCUCCGCAGUGGAGUCUGCAGUCAAAGUCCUCGGUAGCAUCGACAUGCUGUGCUGUUUUGCAGGCAUAGUUGGGUGCACACACGCACUCGAUAUGUCCGUCGCAGAAUGGCGUCGAACCCAUGACAUCAACCUCACUGGCUCGUUUCUGUGCGCGCAAGCCGUGGCCAGACAAAUGUUGGUGCAAGGUACUGGCGGGAGUAUCAUCUUCACGGCUUCAAUUUCCGCACAUUCAACAAACUUCCCGCAACCUCAGGUUGCCUACAAUUCUAGCAAAACGGCAUUGCUGAGUCUGGCGAAAAGUCUGGCGGCUGAGUGGACGGUCCAUGGGAUUAGAGUGAAUUGUAUUAGUCCGGGAUACAUGGAUACGAUAUUGAAUGAGGGCGAGGGACUGACGAAAGCGAGAGAUAUAUGGAAUAAGCGGAAUCCGACGGGGAGGAUGGGACAUCCAUGGGAGUUGACGGGGCCUUUGGUGUUGCUGUGUAGUAAUGCGGGGAAGUAUGUUAACGGGACUGAUAUUGUUGUUGAUGGAGGGGCGAUGGUGUUUUAAGCUUGGAAAAGCAGAUAGGGAAUUAAGAGGUAGCCGUUUGCACGGAAACCUUAGGCAGACUCCCUCCACCAACCUUAAACUUUAGAAGGGCUCAUUAGUUAUGCCCUAUCUCACUGAAGAUGUUUUACUGAAGCAAAGGAAACUUAAGGGCGAAUAGGAUACUAAG